CCAUGGACGACACGAUACAAGAUUCAGUCGACGAAUUACGGGUGCGCUCGUACCAGGCUGAGAUGCUCAAGCGUAGCUUGGAAGGGAACGUCAUCGUUGAAUACAGAUGGAUACUGGCAGUGGAAAAACAGCUAUGUGAGCCAGUUUGUGGGAAGUGAGAAGCUUGCUGAUUUCCGCCACACAGAGCUGUACUUCGUAUCCGAGAGGAGCUAAACUGCUGCCCAGCAGAAAAGCUGGUAUGGUUUAUGGCUCCGACUGUAGCCUUAUGCACGCAGCAGCAUGCUUACUUGCGCUCCUAUCUACCAGCAGUCAGAACGAAGCUCUUGACUGGCGCAGACAACGUAGACCGCUGGAGUGAACAAAGUACCUGGGACUCCGUGCUAGAAGGUGUUCGCAUCGUCGUCUCAACCCACGCCGUACUAGAGGAUGCGUUGAGCCACGGCUUCAUAGCCAUGCGUCGCUUGGCACUCCUCGUCUUCGAUGAAGCUCAUUCAUGUGUCGGCGGGCACGCUGGAAACAGGAUUAUGAGAAAUCUCUACUAUCCGACUAAAGCAAGAUCGGGCGUUGUACCGCAUAUCCUGGGUCUCUCUGCUAGUCCAAUCCUCAGAUCGAACCUGAAGGGACUAAGCAACAUCGAAGCCAAUCUUGACGCGACAUGCGUCACUCCACGACUACACCGACAGGACCUGCUCAAAUUUGUUCAUCAUCCAAAAGUACAGAGACUUGAAUUUCCCCCGUGCAAAACUUCGGAAGAGUCUAUCACGGGUCAUGUGUUUUCGAAACUUCGCAGACUAAGUGAGAGGUUGUCCCUUGAACAAAGAACAUCAAGCGCUCCGUCAGUCCCGCACCGGAGUUCGACUAGAGCUGGCAGAUCGACUUCGCAAGGAUCGUUCACGGACUUCUCUGAUCAGAUUAGGAAGUUUUACAACAAGGCGACACAUGUCUACAAAGAGCUCGGGCCUUCCGCAGCAGCCUACUAUAUCCUUCGCACAACUGAAAGGAUAAGAAACAAAGCUGAACUUUUGGAGGCGUCAGCAUUCUAUAUCAAAGAAGAAGACAAAAUGGUAUAUCAACUGCAGCAUGUAUUCAAUCGAGAAGAGCUCACCCAAGCGCCUGACGUUCUGUCCCUCCGGAGUCAGUUGUCUCCCAAGGUCGAACGAUUAAUAGCCUUCUUAGAACGUCAGGAGCCGGAACAAUGCUCGGGACUGAUCUUCGUCCAACAGCGGGCUAUAGUCGGUGUACUCUACACUAUUCUGGCUAAUCAUCCGCGGACAAUGACGAGGUUCAAGUGUGCCACUUUUGUUGGCUUGUCAAACAGUUCGCACGGCAAACUCGCCUUAUGUGAGCUGCUCGAUAAGGAAGCACAGAAAGACACUAUGCUUGAAUUCCGCACUGGGAAGAAAAACAUCGUCAUCGCCACGGACGCGCUCGAAGAAGGGAUCGAUGUGGCCGCAUGCAAUCUAGUGGUAUGCUUCGAUGCGCCUUCGAACCUCAAGUCAUAUAUUCAGCGCCGCGGCCGCGCCAGGAUGUAUGCCUCUCAGUACGUCAUUAUGGUCCCCACAGACAGUAUUCAGACGAAGCUCGAUAGCUGGCCAGAGCUCGAGAACGCUUUAGCCAAGAUGUACCAAGACGAUGAUCGAGCGAGAACAAGGAUUGCGUUACUGGAGAACGAACAAGAGUCAGUGGACGACUCGCUUUGCGUUGGAGCUACAGGAGCCUACUUGACAGCUGAGAAAGCCAUGUCACAUCUUCAUCACUUUUGCGACGUUAUGCCUCGGCAGAGAUAUGCCGAAACGCGCCCAGUGUUCUCUUUCAGGGAAAAGGACAGCGGGCUGAUUACCUGCACUGUGACACUUCCCAAUUGCGUCAAAUCUUCACUUCGAUCUACUCGUGGGCGACGAGGAUGGCGAACCGAGCGAGCAGCGAUGAGAGAUGCGGCCUUCCAGUGUUACGUCGCUCUGUUCGAAGCCGGACUUUUGAAUGGCCACCUUCUCCCGUUGACACACGAGUGGAAAGACCAUGAUGCGAACACAGAGCAACUCUUGAAAAAGGCAUUGCGGAGCAAGCAGAUAAAGCCGUUUACUCAGAUGGCGCGGGCAUGGGCGACUCCCGACUUGCAUCAGACCACGAUAACAGUCAGUUGCAAUCGAACGCAUGAGAAGCUGUCAAUGAGGCUCACGACUCCGACAAGAUUAUCCUAUAUUCCAGAUGUCUUGUUAUACUGGGAUUCAGAGACUAUCUUCCAAGCCAGCUUCGGGAACCAAUCUCGGAAGUCAGUUGCAAGCAUUGACAUGCUAGAACAGCUAAGGGCUGUCACCCAGCUCCUAGAUAAGUCGACACGUUCCGAUCAGAGCGUUAGUCACAAGACAGACUUUGUGCUCCUCCUCGGUCCAGACAUCGAAGAGAAUCAGUUGAUGGAUUGGUUCAAGGCAUACGAAGGACGUGUAGACAUGCUCGACGCCCUAACGAGUAGUAGUGAGGAUAUCCAGGGACUUGUCCGAUCUACCAAGCUGAACGGAAAACCAUUGGUCUUCUUUUGCAUGACCAGCGAACCGCAACAAAAGCUCGAUCUGGAAGUAGUGUGCGUCCCCCUCAUCAAGCGUCGGAACUUCGAAGCGCCGAAUGCGCUCACGAACCAUUUUGCUGCUGCUCCGGCUGUCGAUCUACGAAGACCAUCGGCAGCCGUGCAAAUUCGGGCUCGCGAAUGUACAGUCGAUCUUCUGGACCAUAGAUUCGCGAUAUUCAACUUGUUUGUUCCAUCUCUCUGGCGGCACAUUGAGGCCUCUACCGUAGCCCACCAACUGCAGGAAACGAUCCUGCUCAAUGUUUCGUUUUGCAGUCUAUCGCACAUUGUGACAGCAAUCUCUGCGCCGUCUGCUGGGAGGGCAACCAACUAUCAGCGCUUCGAGUUCUUUGGAGACGCGCUACUAAAAUUCCAAACUUCUGUCCAGCUAUUCACAGAUCACGGCAACUGGCCGGAAGGGUACCUUUCUCAGCGGAAAGACAGCCUUGUAUCGAACGCCAGACUCGCCAGAGCUGCUAUAGCAAAGGGAUUAGGCUCGUUCAUCUUGACAGACCCGCUGCGGCGUAAAUGGUCAGUUCCACGCAUCUCCGAUGCAGACCAAGAGGCGGAGGAGCGAACACUCGGAAUCAAAGCCUUGGCCGAUGUCGUUGAAGCUCUUAUCGGAGCUGCAUACAUUGACUCAGGCUUCAAAGCGGCGAGAGCGUGCACCAACGUCUUCCUUCCUGAGAUCAGCGCCGUUGUACCUCAGUUUCCAGAGCGAAUAUCGGUGAAGUCCAACAGUCCGAGAGACCCCGAAGCUGAGACCCUGAUUGGCUACCGCUUUCAAGAUGAGUUGUUGCUGCUGGAAGCAUUGACGCAUCCUUCCUGUGGCAUCGAUGCUAAGACAGAGUCUUAUCAGAGGCUUGAGUUCCUGGGAGAUGCAGUCUUGGAUGUGCUCAUCUCCACUUUCCUCUCGCGUUGCCUACCUGAGUUGUCCCAAGGACAGAUGACUCGCAUCAAAGCAGCUCUUGGGAACAAGAAUAUACUCGGUUAUCUUUGUCUUCAUUUCAGCAUGGACAGAGAUCUAGUCCGCAUCGAAACGGGCCCAGAUCACCGCCCGCACGAGGUACGAUACUGCGAGAAAGUGCCACUAUGGCAGUUCAUGCGUCACCACUCUCCAGAAGUAGUGCAGGCUCACAAGAACGCUGGCCACACUUUUGAACAAUGUGGUGCUGAGAUACAGAAGAUCCUCAGCGAGGGUGCGACAUAUCCGUGGAAACUGUUGGCUCGCUUAGGCCUUGACAAGUUUUACUCCGACCUGGUGGAAAGCGUCUUUGGUGCGGUAUUCAAUGAUUCGCAGGGCGAUCUUUCAGAAUGCGAGAAGUUGUUCGAGCGCAUCGGUCUGAAAUACUACGCUGCACGUAUGGCGGAAGGCUCUUUGGACGUUGUGCAUCCGAGAGAUGAACUACAAGGCCUGAUUGGCUCUUCUAAGCUUGAGAUUGAUGUUCAACCGGUAUUUUCGGGCGAAGAUCGUGCAAUCUUCGUGUGCAGCGUCAGAGUCGAAGGGACCGUGAUUGCUGAAGCCCAAGGAUGCAUUACCGAGGAUGAGGCUUGUGUGGGUGGUAUACAAGCAGCCGUCGCAUUUCUUCGUUCGCAACAGGAGGGUAGAGGACGUUAAGCGUGAUAUAGUAGACAAAGAGGUCUCCUGGUUGUAAGCGUAUAGAGUCUGCUACAUCUACCCUUAAAAUCUUCACUGCUUAUGCACUGCAGUGACCUUUUUAUAUAGAACUAGCUAGGACAAUGCAUUCAGCAAAAAC